AUGGCAGCUUUAAAGGGGGACUUUGUACCAAUAGCGGUGGUGUUUGGGUUGGUAAUGGCACUUGCAAUAGGGGUUCACACAGCCAAGCAGCAGCUGUUCCACUCACCAGCAGUUCAAAUCAGCAAGAAGAAAAGGGAGUCCAUCAUGGAGGUGGAAGAUCCCGAUUACAUCAUGGUCGACUCCAACAAGUUCCUCAACAAGUCUUUCCUCGGGAAGGUCGCUCAUAUUCAGGACCACGACCCAGCCCAGACUAAUCCUUCCCGGCCCAACAUUUACACUCGACCCAAAGAAGUUGAGUCGCCGAAAUCAGUUGGAGCAAAAGAGUGA